CCAGAGCAAAACCCCGCACGAAGCAACCAGAGCAAACCGCCUGUGGCUCGUCGUCAUUCACUAGAGGCUAGAGCAUGCACGUUGCUGCGACGCGACUUGCCGCCGUCUCUGCUCCGCAUCCCCUCCACCUCGCCCCGACCCUCCUCCUCCUGCUGCUCCUCCUCGGUUCCGCGCCCCUCGCGAUCGGAGCCAUGGCCGGCCACGUCCUCGGCGGGCCGCGCGAGAACCCCGCCGCCGCUAACAGUGCGGAGACCGACGGGCUCGCCCGCUUCGCCGUCGAGGAGCACAACAAGCGCGAGAACGCGCUGCUGGAGUUCGUGCGGGUGCUGGAGGCCAAGGAGCAGGUGGUGGCCGGCACGCUGCACCACCUCACGCUCGAGGCCAUCGAGGCGGGCAGCAAGAAGGUCUACGAGGCCAAGGUCUGGGUCAAGCCCUGGCUCGACUUCAAGGAGCUUCAGGUGUUCCGCCACAAAGGGGACGCCACCGCCUUCACCAACGCCGAUCUUGGCGCCAAGAAAGGUGGACAUGAGCCCGGUUGGCGUGAUGUGCCUGUACAUGAUCCUAUAGUCAAAGAUGCUGCAAACCAUGCUGUGAAAUCAAUCCAAGAGAGGUCAAACUCCCUGUUUCCAUACGAACUUGUUGAGAUCAUUCGCGCAAAGGCAGAGGUUGUGGAAGACUUUGCAAAAUUUGACAUUCUGAUGAAACUGAAGAGAGGUACCAAGGAGGAGAAAAUCAAAGCUGAGGUCCAUAAGAACCUGGAAGGGACUUUCGUGUUGAACCAGCAUCAGCAGGUGGAGCAUGAUGAAUCCAGCAGCCAGUGAACUUUUGAUGUAACGAGCCGUAAUAAAGAGAGAACGUGUUCACUCUAGAUAUCAUCUGGAUAUCAUGUAUUCCAUACUGGUCCUUGUUCUGGGUCUGGAAGAUUGGUGUCCUCUGGUCCUCGUUGCUGCUAUUGCGAUUAUAAGCAUCUGAACUUGUAACUUUUCUCGUGGGCGACGGCUCUUGUUAAUGUGAAAUCCUAUAUUGAAAUAUGAUAAGUCAUCGCUCCGGUUACUUA